CAUGGAUUACUGGUAUGAGUGGUAGGCGCACCACCAGACAUCCUGACCCCAUCGCUUCUUCUCUCUGUGCUCUGUUUUUCAUCCUUUCCUCUGUUUUUCAAUACCUUCUUAAUCCCCUCCCCUUCUUCCAUUCUCUCUAACCUUCCCUUUCUAAUUCUCUGUUUCUUCAAUGGAAUGUACUUUGGGCCUUUUCCGCACUUCUGGCGUUGGUGGGUCUGUUUCUGGGUCCGCCAUUAACGACCCCAAUGAGCCUAGAAUGAAGAUUUUUGAGAAAGAUUUUGUGGGUAAGAUUCCGAUUGAGCCGUCUCCUUGUCCUGCCUCCUCUGGCCUUGAAUUGGGCCUUGGUUUAGCCGUUGGCGGCUGCGGGAAGGUUAGCGGUGGUACUUGGGGUGAGCGUGGUCGGAUUUUGACUGCUCGGGAUUUCCCUGUUCUUGGUGGCUCUUCUGUUUCUUCUUGUUCUUCCUCUUCUUGUUUCCAUGGAAGAGAGGGUAAUGGUUCUGUUGCUGUUUCUGGGACUAAACGAGCUGCUGAUUCUGCUCCUAAUGAUGGAGGAUCCCCCACUGCUCUCAACAGUCAGGUUGUGGGAUGGCCACCCAUUAGGACAUACAGGAUGAACAGCUUGGUGAACCAAGCAAAGACAGCCAGGGCUGAGGAAGAUGAGCAGUCCAAGGACAACAAAGCAUGUGAUGUUGAUGGAAAAGGGCACCUAGGAUUUGUCAAAGUGAAUGUCGAUGGGGUUGUCAUAGGGAGGAAAGUGGAUAUCAAUGCCCAUUCUUGCUAUGAGACCUUGGCCCUUAUGCUGGAGGACAUGUUUUUCAAGUCCAAUGGGAAAAGUGGAGACAAAGAACAAGGACAGAAACUGUCUAAGCUUUUGGAUGGAUCCUCUGAGUUUGUGCUUACAUAUGAAGAUAGAGAGGGGGAUUGGAUGCUUGUUGGAGAUGUCCCUUGGAGGAUGUUUUUGAGCUCUGUUCGAAGGCUUCGUAUAAUGAGGACGUCCGAAGCCAAUGGACUAGCACCAAGAUCUCAAGAUAAGAAAGCGAAACAAAGGAGCAAGCCUAUCUGAAAAACGCUACUAUAUGGCUCGGCUCGGGUACGUCCUAGAUAUACCCGAACGUGAAAAAUGCACAGUUUGACUAGAGAAAAGAAGUAGA